AUGAACGUAUUUUUAAAGGUACCACGUUUUGAAACUGCUACACCUAAACUAGAAAAAGGUCGCUUAUCAACGCAACGUGACAUAGCAAGUAAAGCGAUUGAUGGAAUAAAAGAUAUUAUUUCUGGAGCAAUAAAAUUUUUACCAAUUGAUCCCCUUGGAAGUUUGGAUACACUUCUUGAUAUAAUACCAGGCAGCGAUGAAUUGAAAAAAAUUCAAAACAUUAUCUUGUCUGAAGCUCAAGUCAUUUUUCCAGGAACAAAAUGGUGUGGUGAUGGUAAUAUUAGUAAAUGCGAGGAAGAUUUAGGUUUAUUUUCGAGUACAGAUGCAUGUUGUCGAUCACAUGAUAUGUGUAAUAAUUUUAUUAUGCCGGGUGACCAAAAAUAUGGACUAGAAAAUAGUGGUUUAUUUUCACGUUUCCAUUGUGAUUGUGAUAUAGAAUUCUAUGAUUGUUUAUACGAAUCUUCGAAAACUUCAAUAGUGUCUACCAAUAUUGGUAUUACAUAUUUUAAUAUACUUGGCCCGCAAUGUUUUAAUGAAGAAUAUCCAAUCAAAAGGUGUAUGGAAACUAUCAUCACUACAAGCAACCUAACAAAAUGUGCAUUGUACGAAUUGGAUACAACUGCUAAACCUGUUUAUCAAUGGUUUGAUAGUAAAUUAUUCAUUCCAUAUUUAAUAAAUCCAAUGAAAUGA